CCGCCCCGCUCCGCGGACGCUCCCUGGCCCCGCUGCCCUCGGGCGGGCGAGGCGGAGCGCCGCGCGCUGCGCUCCUCGGGGCCGCGGCACUUGGCAGACGCUCCCCGGCGGUCGCGCCGGCGGCGGAAGCGGGAGAUGGCGGACGCGGCCUGACCCCUCCCGCCGCCGCGCGGGGGGCGGGGCGGGGCGGGGCGCGCAGGUAAACAUCCAAGAUGGCGGCGGCGGCGGGGGGGCCGCGGGGCGCGGCGGAGGCCGAGGCCGAGCCGGAGCGGGAGCCGGACGCCGACGGGAUGGGCCUCACCGACCUGCCGGGCGAGCUGCUGGAGCUGAUCCUCUGCUGCGACGUGCUGGGCGCCGCCGACAUCGGCCGCGUGUCGUGCACCUGCCGCCGCCUGCGCGAGGCGUGCCAGCCGCACGGCAAGGUGUGGCGGGAGCGCUUCCGCCUCAGGUGGCCAUCGUUACUGAAAUACUAUAGCCAAACAGAUAGUGUUAGCUGGCUUGAAGAAUACAAAGCACGGCACAAUGCUGGCUUAGAAGCCCAGAGAAUUGUAGCUUCAUUCUCCAAAAGGUUCUUUUCUGAACACGUCCCCUGCGAUGGAUUCAGUGACAUUGAGACUCUUGGGUGUCCGAGUCAUUUUUUUGAGGAUGAGCUGAUGUGUAUCCUUAACAUGGAAGGAAGGAAAGGUCUCACCUGGAAGUACUAUGCAAAGAAAAUUCUAUACUUUCUACGGCAACAAAAUAUAUUAAAAAAUCUGAAGGAGUAUCUUCAACGCCCUACUGAUCGACAGUCAUUUUUGGAGGGUGCUGUUUUAAUUGACCAAUACUGUAACCCUCUAUCAGACAUCUGCUUAAAAAGUGUCCAGGCACAGGUCGACGAUAUCACAGAUAAAGUGCGCAAAGUCCUGCGGACAAAAAAUCCAAGGCAUCCCAGCUUGGCUUCCAAGGCAGGAGAGGUCUUGAUUCCAGAAGUAGAGCUUCAGCGGCAGGUACUUGAUGCUAUGAAUUGUGUCCUAUAUGAGCAGCUGAAAUACAAAGGAAAUGAGCUGGAUUACUAUAACUCCCUGAAUUCAUACAUUCACCAGGUUUUGAUUCGCAGGACAGGAAUUCCAAUCAGUUUGUCUGUGCUUUAUUUAACAAUUGCCAGGCAGCUGGGAGUCAAACUUGAACCAGUCAACUUCCCUAGUCAUUUUCUGCUGCGAUGGUGUCAAGGGAAAGAAGGAAGCACAGAUAUCUUUGACUACACCUACAUUGAUGCCUUUGGAAAGGGGAAGCAGUUGACGGUGAAGGAGUGCGAGUACCUCAUCGGCCACCACGUGACAGAGGAGUUCUAUGGAGUGGUGACUUCAAAGGAGGUCUUGCAGCGUAUGGUGGGAAACCUCUUAAACCUUGGAAAGCGAGAAAGCACUGAUCAGUCUUAUCAACUCUUGCGAGACUCGUUGGAUCUGUACCUGGCCAUGUAUCCGGACAAUGUGCAGCAUCUAAUGCUCCAGGCUAGGUUAUACUUCCACCUGGGAAUCUGGCCAGAAAAGGUUCUGGACAUCUUGCAGCAUAUUCAGGCUUUGGACCCGUCCCAACAUGGGGCUGUCGGAUACUUAGUUCAACAUACUCUGGAGCAUAUUGAGCGCCGGAAGGAGGAGGUGGGCCCUGAGGUGAAGCACCGAUCAGAUGAAAAGCACAAAGAAGUCUGCUUUUCUAUCGGGCUGAUUAUGAAACACAAGAGAUAUGGCUAUAACUGUGUGAUCUAUGGCUGGGAUCCUGCCUGCAUGAUGGGACAUGAAUGGAUCCGAAAUAUGAAUGUCCACAGCCUUCCACAUGGCCCUCACCAGCCUUUCUACAACGUGCUAGUGGAAGAUGGCUCUUGCAGAUACGCUGCCCAAGAGAACCUGGAAUAUAACUCUGAGCCUCGGGAGAUCCCUCACCCUGACAUCGGCCGUUACUUUUCAGAGUUUACCGGCGUUCACUACCUACCAAAUACCGAGCUAGAAAUUCGGUACCCAGAGGAUUUGGAGCUGACACAUGCCACAGUUCAGAAGAUCUACAGUUCAGGCAAGGAGUGAGUGAAAAAGACAUUGCGAGGACAGAAGCAGCUGGAGUGUAGCUUUAUCCUCUUUGCGAGAAUUGCCCGGAAGGCAAGUUUGGCGACAAUCCUUUGGCUUAACGUAUUGAGAACUGCAUUGCACUUUGUAACCGGUGCUAUAGCAUCUUCCUGUUGCCUGCGUGCCCGUAUUGGCCCAAAGGCACAAGGACAUGUUGGUAAUUGAGACCAGGCGUGAGGAUCUUGCGGGGACAGUCAUGCUAGCAAGCACGUUGUCCUUUAGGAAGGAUUUGCACAUACUCUUUGUUCUGUGACUGUCUUGCCUAGACUGUUGAUGCAGUGAGAUCCCUACUGUGGAAUAAGGAAGACCCCUCUCUUCCAGAGAAGGAAGUUGCUUGUCCUUGCAAUGUUUUGUUUGGUUUUUUUUAAUGUGUAUCCCAUCCCAGUGGUCAUUUUAAAAUAUCUCUUACGUUUC